AUGGCAAAGGGACUCAGGUCGAGUGUUAAGAAGCACAACAAGGCUCUCCUGCGCGAAAAGGUCUUUGGGCCGGCAGCAGAUGCCAGAACUGAGCGGCUCUCUGCGAAGCUGCAAGAGCUCGCAGGCACUUCCAAAAGAGAUGCUAACAUGACAGAUGCAGACCCAAAUACUGCAGAUGCCAGUGCAGAGAAAUCUAAAACUGAUAUAGCAAAAGAUAAUGAGCCUACUCCCCUCAAGAUUGAAGGCGGGAUCUCUCGCAAGACCGGCCGAGUUGAGAAGCGCACACGAAGAAAACCACGCAACACCAUAACGUUUGCGCCUCACCCCUGGGAAAGCGAAGAGACUCAAUGGGAACAAGAAGCGAUGAUGUUUAUGAGCUUCUAG